AUGUACAGGGGAAGAGAAGCAAGAAGUGUGAUAGCGUCUCUAAGACGCCCACAUACACUUAGGUCUGCCAGUCCUGCAUUGGCUGGUCUCAGAGCCAAUACAUUUCAUACCACAGCCACGUCACAAACUGAUGGCGUAUUCAAAGGUCUGGCUGAUCAGCGGAAGCCAAUGCCUUGGAUUGAAGCUUUCAAACGACUGCAAGAAGGGAAACCGGCUCAUAAUUCUGAUGACAUACCGAAAGAACGCGACUUGACACCGAGGAAGAUGAGCGACAGCUAUCAUCGCGUCGUGCUACCUCUCAAGAAGGACCCUUGGCUGUCUGAUACAUACGUCAAUUCGUCCGGUCACAUUAGACUUGGAACACUGUUCAUGGAUCUUGAUGCCCUUUCUGGUAUCAUUGUCUACAAGCACACAGGCCCAGGCGUUACCACAGUCACUGCCGCCCUCGACCGAAUCACGAUAGCUCAUCCCCUCACUGAAAUCUGUGAUCUUGAGUAUAGUGGUCAAGUUACGUAUGCCUCUGGUCGAAGUAGUGUCGAGAUUACUUGUAAAGUCGCCAAGGCCCGAGAAGAAGGCGAGCCAAGCAAACCUGAAGACGUCCUUCUCACAUGCACCUUUACCAUGGUAGCCUUGGAUCCCAACACGCGCAAGCCCGUCAACAUUCCUAAGCUCGAGCCCACCAACGAGGAGGAAGAGAAGAUUUUCAAGGCUGGAGAAGCAAAGUCACUGUCCAAGAAGGAGACCUCUAAGGCUUCGCUUCUCCAAACUGAGCCUAAUGAUGCCGAGUCUGCACUAAUCCACCAAAUCUGGCUUCGGCAACUUGCCUACCAUGAUCCGAACAACGAUCUUCGCCAACCACCCAACGUUGUUGCCAUGUCAAAAACACAGCUUUCAACUGCGUCUAUCAUGCAGCCGCAGAAUCGCAAUCGACAUCAGGUCAUGAUAUUUGGUGGAUUCCAUUUGAAGCAGACGUUUGAGCUUGCCUUCUGUUGCGCGGCCAGUUUCGCUCAUGCAAGACCAACCUUCAUCAGUGCGGAUCCCUGUACAUUUCGCAAUCCAGUCCCAAUCGGAAGUGUUCUAUAUUUGACUGCGACUGUUGCUUACACUGACCCUCCUUUAUUGGAAGAAGAUGGCACUGAGCCUGGUUUCCCCGACAAUGAGAACCCUAUGACUCGUGUCCAUGUCCGAGUCGAUAGCAAGGUUCGCGACGUUGAGCAUGGCGUUGCUAAGCCUACUGGCCAGUUCAACUAUACAUUCUCUGUGCCCAAGGAUCUCAAGGUUCUACCUCAUACGUAUGAAGAGUAUAUGGUGUAUAUUGAUGCUAGGAGACGUGUGGCGCUGGCUGACAGUCAGCGAAAGGAGGAGCAGCAGGCUUCCUCGGACAUGAGACCCGAAGCUUCUGAGAAAAACUUGAUUAGAUAA